CUUCGUUUCGUUUGUGUGCGUUGGUUACGACGCAUGCUGUCACCCCGGUGAAAGCGGACACCGCUUCCUGGUGUGAGCCGUAAUAAUGGACUGAUGAGAGAAGCUCGGAGCUGCUCGAGUCGCUGUGAUCUGUUCUGAUUGACGAGUCUGCAGAAGCAAGACCUGGAAGGCAGCGCAUUCAGAGGAAUGGCCACCGUAAAUAAAUGUACAGCCGACGGUGAGUCGUUCUCGUCAAAGGUCAUCAACACUGUGUUUGUCAUCCUGCUGCUGGACCUGCUGGGGUUUACUCUGAUUCUACCCCUGUUGCCUUCCAUCCUGGACCAUUAUGCACAAACUGGGGAUGUUGUCUACCAGUCUCUACAGGGUGUUGUGGACUGGUUCAGGGCGGCUGUUGGGAUUCCUAUGGAGAAGAAGUACAACAGCGUUCUGUUCGGAGGCUUGAUCGGGUCACUCUUCUCUCUGCUGCAGUUCCUAUCGUCGCCCGUAACCGGGGCUCUGUCCGAUCGCCGUGGGAGACGACCUCUGCUCCUCCUCACCACGUUGGGCCUCCUGGCCUCCUACGGCGUCUGGGCAGUUUCCCGGAGCUUCAGCAUGUUCCUCUUGUUUCGGAUAAUUGGGGGCGUCUGUAAAGGCAACGUCAGCCUCUGCACCGCCAUCGUCGCAGACCUGCCGUCCCUGAAAGCAAGGAACCGAGGAAUGGCCAUGAUUGGCGUCGCCUUCUCCUUGGGCUUCACCGUGGGGCCUCUGAUGGGCGCCUACUUCGCCCUCACCUCCAAAACCACGGGAAGUGUCUUCUACCAAACGCCGGCUCUGCUUGCGUUGGGCUUCAGCGCUGCUGAUCUGCUCUUUAUUUGGCUCAUGCUGCCUGAGACAUUCAAAAAGGACGUCAUGGCUUCGUCUUCAGGCUUCGGAGCCUCCAGGGACCUCCUCAGUCCAUUAUCCCUCUUCUAUUUUUCAGCUGUGACUAGGACAAAAGACGCACCUUCAAAAAAAAAAAUGAAGAAACUUCAGGUGCUGGGUCUGGUUUAUUUUUGCUACCUCUUUCUGUUCUCUGGUCUGGAGUUUACGCUGAGUUUUCUGACGCACCAACGUUUCCACUUCACCAGCAUGCAGCAGGGAAAAAUGUUCUUCUUCAUCGGCGUCAUCAUGGCUUUGAUCCAGGGGGGAUAUGCUCGCCGAAUCAAACCUGGUCACCACAUCAGGGCUGUUACUGUGGCAAUCAUAUUAAUAAUACCAGCAUUUAUUCUCAUUGGGUUAUCAUGGAAUAUAACAAUGCUUUACGUCGGCCUGGCUCUAUACUCCUUUGCAGCUGCAAUUGUUGUUCCAUGCCUGUCGACACUGGUUUCUGACCACGGUUCAGCCAAUCAGAAGGGCACAGUGAUGGGGAUCCUGCGCAGUUUGGGCGCUCUGGCUCGAGCACUGGGACCAGUUAUAUCAUCGUCAGUUUACUGGAUAGCUGGAGCUCAGACCUGUUUUCUCCUCAUGUCAGCCUCUUUCAUUGUACCUCUAAUUUUCCUAAACAUGGCCGGGAAGUUAAAGGAGGAAUGAGCAGCUUGGGACUUAAAAGAGACUUGUCUUUAGCAGCUUGAAUGAACACUGUGAUGUUUACAUCCACUGGAAAAACAGAGCUAUCACUAAUUACAACAAUAAUGAGGAGAUGCACAGUAUAGGAAAACUCUUAAUGCCAAUUUCUACAGUACAAUGUUCAAUACAAUACAAUUCUGCAAUGUUUGGGACAUACAGAGAAUUGAAAUUAUGUUACUCUCAGACCCCCGGUAGAAAACAAUGUAAGAACACUGAAACACUGAAUCAAAAAAUAAUUAUAAACACAAGAUACUGCAUUUGCCAAAACUGAGGGAUUGACAGAGCAGCUUUUAUUGUACAGGUGUGAAAUAUAUGCACAUUAUUCCAUUAUCAUUUAUUACUGACUAGUGCAUAUUAUGGGUCGAAUGGGUUAAGGUGCAACACAUCUUUGCUUUUAGAACAAAUUUUAUAAUGCAGUAUUUAAGGGUUAGGGUUAAUCAGCUAUUUUGUAUUUUAUUACUAUUAUUACUACUCUUAUUACUUUAAAACUGAUAUUAUAUUUUCUUGUAACUCAAUAAACGAGUCAAAACCUG